AUGUACUUGUGGGCAAUCAAAGCAUACAGAGCAGAAGGGCGCCUCAUCUAUUUCCUGGAUGAAACACGGGCAAAUGCAGGGCACACUCACUCCAAAGUGUGGAAAGAUACAACCGUGAAGACACCAAGAGACACCUACAAUAGAGGCCUCAGUCUUGGACUCAGGAAUCCAUCCAGGAACAGAGGCCGCGUCAUCAUCCUACAUGCUGGCAGUGAAGAGGGCUUCGUGCAAGGCGCAGCUGAAGUGUUCUGGGCCAAGAAGGGCACCGGUGACUAUCACCCGGAAAUGGACAGCAAGCGAUUCGAGAAGUGGUUCACAGAAAAUUUGCUGCCCAACAUCAAGGCCCACAGCAUGGUUGUCAUGGACAACGCUUCUAGUCACUCCGUCAAGGUCUAUGCCUCUCCGAGCAGCACGCUGAAGGAGGAUGUAGUCAAAGGGCCGGAACUGGAGAAAUGUCGCGUGGACACAAUAGCAAAGCAGCAUGGACACGUGGUUCUCCGUCUGCCGCCUUACCACUGCGACCUCAAUCUGACUGAGCUAGUGUGGAGUCAAAUUAAGGGCUACAUCGCAAGCCAGAACGUCACCUUCAAGCUUGCGGAUGUGGAAGCAUUGACUCCAGUCGCUCUCCAGCAAGUGACUGCUGAGAACUGGUCAAGCUAUGUACAUCACGUCGCCAGAGUGGAAGAGCAAAUGUGGAUAAAUCACGAACUUAUGGACAUCACCAUCGAUAGGUUCAUAAUUAAGACCGAUGGAGACUCUAGCACAGACAGCUCGGAUGACAAAGACAUGGAUUGUGACAUACUGCAGUGGUGA